AUGUCUGCCAUGCCCGACCCGGAGCCGCAGGAACGCCCGCGGAAGAGGCGCCGCCGCACGGUGGCCUGUACGCAGUGCCGCAGCAGGAAGCUCAAGUGUGAUCGCGAGUAUCCCACCUGUAGCCGGUGCAUCAAGAGCGGCACGCCCGCCAAAUGCACCUACGAGGACGGCUUCCUGUGGCAGCAGCCCAAGACGGUCGCCUCGUCCGGCCUGACCGAUCGCUUCAGCAGCCGCAUCACGCUGCCUCCGCCCAGCGGUAACGCGCCGGCCGCCGCGACGUCUCCAGAUGCCACCCCCGCGGCCUCCAAUCCGCCUCCGACGGUCUCCGCUGCAACAGCUGGGCCCCCCAGAGCGCGGUUCCUGGACACCGUCCUGGGCACGUCCAAUCCCAUGGUCAAUCGCUGGCCGCGCACUCCGGACGGAGAGUCCUGGCAUACGGCCUCCCAGCAGCGCAAGUCGGAGGAUCACCCGCCCGCCUCGCCUUCGCAGCAGCUGGACCUGCCCAACAAGGUGAUCAUCCGCGGCAAAGAGACGAAAACCCGCUUCAAUGGAGGCGGGAUCAUCGCCAAUCUGAUGCUCCAAUUCCCUCAGCUGAAGCCCUUCAUGGCGGAGCUCAAGUCGUCCAAUCCGUCCAUCAAGCGAGUGCGCCGGAAUCUGGAUCUGGACGCCGUCAAGCGAGGCCAUCACAAGGCCAAGUUAAAGGAGCCCAUCCCCAUUCCGGACACGGAAACGCUGCUCUCCCUGCUGCCGCCGCGCCCGGCCGUAGAGGAGCUGUUCGGAUUGUAUCUGCUCUACGUCGAGUCGACCCACCGCGUGAUCCAUAUCCCCUCCUUCCGCCAGGAGAUGGAGGAGAUGUGGGCCAAGAAGGACAAUCCGGACUUGGUCUCGGCGCCCUUCGUCGUGCAGCUGCUCCUCAUUCUCGCCUCGGCAGCUGGCUUCUUUGAAGCCGAGCGCCCGCCCGAGAUGGCCAACUCCGCCAUCAGCCGGUCAUUGCGCGUGCUGGACUGGAUUCGCUAUGCGGAAAAAUGGAUCGACAACUCCAACAUCAAGCGACCCGACCUGACGGUGCUCCGCAUCCGUUGUUUGCUCGUCAUCGCCAAGAACAACCAGGGUCUCAAUCGCAGCCGUGCGUGGCUGUCCACGGGCAUGUUGGUCAAGCUGGCCAUGCUAGCCGGCUACCACCGGGAUCCGGACAACAUCCCCAAGAUCACCGUCUUCAGCAAGGAAAUGCGGCGACGGAUCUGGGCCACGAUCAUCGAGCUCGAUCUGCAGGUCGCUCUGGACAGGGGGAUGCCGCCCACCUUGCAGCCAUCCGACUUUGAUACCGCGCCGCCGUUGAAUAUCAACGACGACGAGGUGAAUGAGAAUACGGUCGAGGCUCCCCGGUCGAGGCCGCUGCACGAGGUAACGGACUCGACAUUCCAGUGUGUGCUCGCGCAGUCUCUUCCCCUGCGGUUAAGGAUCUGCGCUUUGAUGAACUCUCCUGUCGUGUCGUGCUCGUACGAGGACAUCCAGAGAUUGGAGUGGGAGUUGGGCCGCUUUCAUGCCAGUCUCCCGACGUGGCCGGCGGCCUCAGACAGUCAAUUGAAUCACAAACUUAUUCUGUGGAGGGCGCUUCUGGAGACAAAGUUAGGCCAAGGACUCCUCGCCAUCCAUACUCCGUUCGCCAUUGAGGCCAAUGAGGAUCCCCUGUUCGAACCGUCCUCGCGGGCGCGCCUCGAAGUCGCGACCGUCAUCCUGUCCAGACAGCUCCGGUUGCACGAAAUAUCGAUGCGGCUGUCUUUCAGUCAUCUGUCUGAUAGCACCCUCCAGGCGAGUCUGUCGAUAUUACAACAUCUAUACGCGACGAGAACCGGCUACACCUCGAGCUUGCUCCGGCAGGUAUUACCAGGGAUCACAGAAUCCCUUCUUGAUCUCGUCGAGAAGACCCUAGCGUGUAUGGAGACCAAGCUCCUCCUCAUCGUGAAGGGCGCGAAGCAAUUUUUCUUUCUGCACAUGAUCCUGGCCCUGGUCAAGGCGAAGCUCUGGCCUGACCAGGCAGAAUCCCUCAAGAAGGGAGCCAUCGACCGGAUCGGCGUGAUUGCAUACAGUCUGCUAGCGCAUCACUCAGACGGCUCAGCGAAUGAUGCCGAGGGGGUUCCGAGUCUGGCGUCCGGCUCUGUCCCGACUCCGCAUGAUAGCACCAGUGCGAGUGCUUUUGACGGGACCAGUCUUCCUGAUCUUGCGAUCACGGUAGGUUGGUACUACUUAACUCAAUUCUUAGGACUAGCUAGUUACGUUGCUGUUACUGUCAUUUUUACUGCGGCAUAUUCGCUGGGGAUUUUCGUCUUGUUUUUUUUCUUUUACUACUUCUUGAUCUCUGUCUCAAAGAGUGGACUGCGCUGCCGGAAAUCAAUCAACUUUCUUGAAGCACACGCACAAGCACACGGACAAGGUGGAUUUGGUGUCGUGCCUUCUUAUCCUCUGUCCCUAAACACUCAAGUUUCAAACCCGGAUCAACCAUUCGACUUCUACUUCGAGGGGCCUAUACAGAAGAACCGCCGCAAUGGACAAACAUCUUUGGUCCGCAGACCAAGUACCUACUCUCAGCAUCGACUUCCCGUGUCGUCGCUGAAAUCUGGAAUUCAACUCUUCAUCAUGAACAACUCCGUCAACGUUCUCACCGAGGAAAGCGACAGUUAUUUUGUGAUGUCCUCAGCCACCAACGUUCCCAGAGUGGCCGACACACCCACUCUAUGGGACGAGGAAAACAGGCGGUUUUUAUGCUGUGAGAAUGGGCACAGGUCCAAGGACACUUGGAGCAGGGGAGAGUCAAGAAGGACGGGGGAAGUCCAUCCUGAAGCAUUUUUCGAACAUUUUUUGAUGCUGCUCGGUGAUUCGCUAUACUGA